CUCCUCGGACCUGCCUAGGACAUUAUGUCAGCUGUCAAUGAAACCAAAUUCAACUCUGCAGUGUUCCUUCUCAGCGGGAUACCUGGGCAGGAAGCCAUCCAUCUCUGGAUCUCUAUCCCCUUCUGCUUAAUGUAUGUUAUUUCCAUAGUAGGAAAUUCAGUCAUUCUGUUCAUUAUAAAAACAGAUCCAAGCCUCCACGAUCCCAUGUACAUUUUCCUUUCCAUGUUGGCCAUCACAGACCUUGCCUUAGCGAUAUCCACCAUGCCAACAACACUGGGUAUAUACUUGUUUAACUCUAGAGAGAUCAGCCUCGAUGCCUGUUUUGCCCAGCUGUUCUUCAUCCACUUGUUUGAAUGCAUUGAAUCCUCCGUGCUCCUGUUGAUGGCCUUCGACCGCUUCAUCGCGAUCCGUGACCCGCUGAGAUAUGUCUCCAUCUUAACCCUGCCAAGAAUAGGCAAGAUGGGACUGGUGUGUGUGCUAAGAGGGGUGGCUGUAAUGCUCCCACUCCCUAUUUUCCUUCAACAGUUCCAAUAUUGUCGACCCAAUGUCCUCUCCCAUUGCUACUGCAUAAACCAGGACGUCAUGAAGAUGGCUUGUUCGGAUAUCAGAGUGAACAGCAUCUAUGGCUUGUCUGUUGCACUCUUGACAGAGGGGCUGGACUCGCUGCUCAUCUUUCUCUCUUAUGUGAUGAUCCUCACAACAGUGCUGAGCAUCACAUCCCACACGGAAUGUCUUAGGGCCCUGAACACUUGCAUCUCACACCUCUGUGCCGUCCUACUCUUCUACACGCCAAUGAUUGGCCUUUCUGUGAUACACAGAUUUGGGGAGGGCUCUUCUCCCUUGCUUCAGGUUCUCCUGGGCUACAUUUCCCUCCUUGUCCCACCCCUGAUGAACCCAAUUGUGUACAGUGUAAAAAGCAAACACCUUCGUGCGAGGAUAAUCAGGGUGUUCGUCAAGUGAAGUGUCAGUUCAUCAUCCGGCUCCAGCGUUGGUGACAUGGGAGAUGAAAAACACGGGCCACCUACUCCAUCUUGGACCGUUAAAUCUAAAAUGAAAUGAGCUACUGAUCUCCACUAUGUAGAGACAGGUUCAGACAGGGUCUAAGGCCUGGAGCAAUUGGAG